AUGUAUAAUGGAGAUGACCGAGACGCUCUUCUCUUUGGCUCAAUCAGCAGCCAGGCCUCUUCUGAAGCGGGUGGUGCUGCUCCUACGGGAACUGCACAGCUGACUACAGAGGCUCGGCUCUUCCCCGAGAACCAGCCACCCGCCCGUCUGACUGUACACUGCAGGGGUGACAACGCAUUAGACAAGGCGUUAGAGAGCGAACCAUCGCUAAAGCGGAGCGGAGUGCAGGAGCAGCAGCCUGCCCGCCGUCAACGUCACAUUUCUUUGUUUGCCUCAAUCGAGCUGACCCGUCCGAAGGUGCCCCUGCCUGGUAAUGGAGAAGCCGGUCCCUUCUUCCUUGCCAGCGAGCCAUCUCAUCAAGUUACUGCUUUGGCUGUGACGGAGCAGAAGAAUCCUCUGUCAGCAACGCCGGCAGUCGAUGGCGUUGCCGCAAGCCGUUGCCAAGCCCCAAAGAGCGCAGUGUCCUCACUGCGCCCGAAGGAGCGAGAAGGCCCGUCACUUCUGGCUGAGAGGAAAGACGAAAAUGUCUUCACUCUUCAGCAGUGCGAUGGCGCGUGCUCCAAUCCAUUGCGCUGCGGUCCCGUUAAUAACGGAGAGCUCUCGCCGAGUUUCAAAUCUGUAGAGGGACUCCUCGCGCUCCCGCGUCUGGGGAAUAUUGACGCCCAAAGCUUCGUGGCUCAGGAACUGCAGGAGGAAGAAGAAACAGCAGCUGCUGUUGCCCUGGCGACCAAUGCACUCCGCCAGCGUGCACAAGAGCUCCUAAACCAGGCAGCAGAGAAGCUCGAAAGGCUGGCAUUGCAGCAACGGAAGAGGACAGAAGCAUCGGCUGAGAAAGCGGCUUCCAUUCUCCGUAGGGCUACGGAGGCUCGUUGUGCACUGCGGCACGAGAGGAAUAUGCUGGAGCAGCUGCGGAGGCGGCACGGAGGUGAACAACAGUUGAAGCUGAAAGCAACAGCUGAAGCACUGGACGCCGAACGCCGUCGCUGCGUCGAUCUCGAAGCUCGAAUGGAAGCGCUGCAGCAGGAGAACCGACAACUCCGGGCUGCGCUGCACCGUGCACAACCGCCCCAAACGAGAGGCUUAGUUAACAGUAAACAAUUAAGCGCUACGGAUGCUUCGUCUUCAAACCGGAAGCGUCAUCAGACUCUUGGGUGUCAUCCCACAACCCGAUGUACCGCUCAGCAAGACUCCGCAGAGACAGCUUCUCUCACGGCAGUGGUGCUCCCUGCAGUACCACCUGCCCAGGGGGCGCGAGGAGGCUGUCGGUCCUGUUCAAGGCAGCCUGGAAAGGCUAUCGGGCCUAACAGUCGCUCAACAGACUCGGCGGGGCGCCAAGCACUUCUAGAUGUGGAGGUUCGACUGCCUCCUGCUGCCUGUUCAGCGGCAUCAGCCCGUUCAGCCUGCAACGAAAAGCAAACGCAUGAUGUAGACAUACAUGGUGCCCAAGGUGCCCCUGAUCGUCCGCAGCUACAACCUGAAGGAUGCCCAUGCCCGCCGCAACUGGAUGCGUUGUCCCAUCACAUCAGCGAUACGGGUAACUCCAAAUGCAGCCAAACAACAGACAGCGUGCGAAAGCAUAGACACCGCAACCGUUCUGCCGGAAGUAGUGCAUUUCGAACGGACGAAUCCACCAGCAGCAACGGCAGCAUGAGCAGCUGCAAUAAGCUUGAGAGACGGCGCCGUUUGCGCCAAAGAAUGCGGCAUGGAAACGCUCAGCUGCAGCGCUCUCUCUCUCGCGGAUCGGUCAGCACUAGCAGCAGCAGCGCUGCGCCGGAUCGCGAGAAGGGCCGUCGCCGCUCCCACUCCACGCGGCGCAUGACGCGCGCACCACUGCAUCCGCGUAUUUCUUUCUCUGUUCCGCAGCCAAGUUUGCAGCAGCCCCUGGAGGUUGAUGACGACUCCUCUUCGGGUUCGUCCGUGCCUCGACGGACCCGUACAAGCGGUCAUAAGCUGGCACUCCGAGGAGACGUGGCGGGGCGGUUACAAGCAUCGCUCAUGCGUCUCCAAGAGCGGCAGGCGCUGCAGGGAAAGAUACAGAAUAUUGCACAGCAGUUACUGCACCCGCACCAAGCGUAG